CUAACUCUCCUCGCCCGACCCUCCAAAGAACGCGCACCGUCACCUCUCCCUCUCCCUCUCCCCUCUCGUCGCCAGAUCCAACCCCACUCCCGUCCCCGUCCACCCCGUCGCCGCCGUCGCCGCGAAUCCCGCCGGCGUCCACCCCGCGCACGCGUGCUCUGCGCCUCUGUGUCUGCUCGACGGACUCCAGGACCUCCGGAUCGGAGCCCCGCGCGCCUCGCCAUGGCGGCCAACGCGCUGAAGGCCCAGCUCAACGCGACAGAUCGCUUCCAAUUCUGACACCGGCCGGCGACAGGAGAUCGGGCUCGCCAAUCUCUCACCGGCUUCCCUCCGUCCCUGCCCAAAGGCGGCUGCAGCGUCAAAUCGCGCACCGAGAAGAGCUGGUCUGCUCGCGCUGCUCUGCUCUGCUCGGUGGAUGCGGGCCUGCGGCAGUGGCAGCGGUGGAGAAGGGAGGGGAGGUAGGCAUCGGGUGACCUCCGUGACGCUCUCGAUGUUGGGGGAGAAGCCCGACCUGGUCUGCGACCGGGCGACAUGCUCGGGCAGGCGACGCGAACCAAAGACACUAAACAAGCGAAGCGAACCCCCUCUUCCUCCUCAUGUCGCCAUCCGCCGCCGCCGGCGAAACCCCGUCCGGGGAGCCGCGGAGAGCAGCACCAGCGCCGAGGAGUCACGGUGGCUCGCGGCCCUCUCUGAACCCGAGCUCGAUUUGCUCAUCAGCCAGAAGAGGCUGGCCUGUCACCCGCUGUCACCCGCUGAUUACUCUCCAAAUGCAAAGUUCAUUUCCGUCCUGUCACCCGCUGUCACCUGCAUGAUGGUUUCUUGCUUUAUUUCCAUCCUGUCACCCGCUGAUUACUCUCCAAAUGCAAAGUUCAUUUCCGCUUUGGUGGCAGGCCUAUUGUCUUUGUUACUGAUUUAUGUGCACUUACGCCAUGCCUUGGGACAUUCAGUUGUUUCUGUUAUUCUUCAAAUACUCUGAAUCUGUGUGUCAAGGGGGGCAGAUUUGGAGCAAAACUUUGAAUUCAUGGUAAGCAUAGGACGGUUUCCCUGAUUCAGAGUUGCGGCAUAUAAUAGUCUUCACACAAAUGCAGCUUAUAAUCAAAAAAAUAUAUAUAUUAUGCACCCGGGUGUCCUGCCUUAUGACCCUUUCUGAAUAGCUAAUCAGUCUUUAGGCUGGUUUCACACGAAAAUACGAUUUGUACUUUUUACUUUAUUUGCGAGUGUUUGAAAGAUGUUUGCUCUUCACUUGCAUUUAUGCUCUUUGCUGAACAGCAACAUGCUUUUGCUUGUCCUCUAUUUUCUUAUACAUCCAGGAGCUUGUUUCUUGGUUCUUUCUUAUGUUAAUUCGCUUAGAAACACCAAUUGAUGCAAUUCCAAUGCAUCAUGAAGCUGCAAGAAUCGCUUCACAUGGUGUGUUAGUAUUCUACCAUGCAUAAAUUGGUCAACGGGGGAAUCUUGGUUUUACUGUUGCCACCAAGUAGAUUAUAGAUAUCCAGCCUGUUGAUUAUUCUGUAGUACAUUAUUUGACACAGUACCAAGUAGAAACAUUUUUGGUUAACCGGUAACUGCUCUCCUUGUGCAAAAAUCCUUGGGCCAGAUGACACCAUGGUAAAUUUCCCCAAAAAUUACACCAUCACAAUCUAGUACAGUAGUUGCCUAACAUCACGGAUAAAAUGGAUCACACUAGUUGUGAGGAUAACCAACUGACGUGAAGGAGUAUAUGAUGUUAAAAA